GGGUUGGGGUGAGGAGUAAGUGGACCUCCUCUUCCUCCUCUUUCUCAGUGGCCCGCACAGACGCUGUUUUACUGGCACGGUUGGCUCUCUUUCCGGCUCUCCUCCAGCGGCCUCAGCCCUUCGACUUUCAGCUGUGACAAUGCAAGCCUGCCUCCCCAGGUCAUAUCUCACGCCGGUAAGGGAUGAGGAGGCGGAGUCUCAGAGGAAGGCGAGGUCACGGCAGGCACGGCAAACCCGGCGCUCAACACAGGGUGUGACUCUUGCUGAGCUGAAGGAGGCUCAGAGGACCUUCAGCUUGUCCCCGUCGGACAGACAGAAACAGAAAGAUGAUGUGGAGAGGAGGGGUACAGAAGAGAAGGGGGAGACACGGACCACCCCGGCCUGCUUCAGGGACCAGCAGGACCGCAGCCCCGCGUGGAGCAGGGAUGUUGACGAGCUUGGGAACCGCAGGCUCAGGCUGGGGGCCCAGGCAGAGAGCCCCACCACGCCCCUCGUGUCUCCAUCCGCCAGCAGCCCGGGCUCCCUUCCCCCCCGUGGCCUGACCCACUGGGCUUCUUCCAGGGGGUUGGACCAAAACGCCAAUGAAUGGAGAACUGAAAACCAAAGCUCUGCUGACAGUCCUUCUGAACUCAACCUUUCCUUGAGAGAACGACGACAGUCUCGAAACAGCAUCCAAGGGGCAAGUGCCUCCUACUGGUCACAAGAGCAUGAUAGGGCAUCUAGGCUGGACUCCGGUUCUGGCUCAGGGGACAGUGCCACAGACCGGCUGUUGGGCCGAACCAGCUCUUACACCCGCCGUGAGAACAGGCUGGCAUCGCUGAGCAAGGCGGACGAUGAUGCCAGCUCCAAGGACUUUAAGAAGAUGUACGAGGACGCCUUGGCUGAGAACGAGAAGCUGAAGUCCCGGCUGGAGGACAGCAGGCAGGAGCUGGCCAGCAUCCGAACGCAGCUGGAGAAAGUCACACAGAAACAGGACCGAAUAUCUGAAAGGUCCAGUGUGCUUGAGACAGAGAAAAGGGAGAAGCGUGUCCUGGAGAAAAAGGUCUCAGAAAUGGAGGAAGAGCUGAAGCAGGAAGGCCCAGUGAGAUUUCGCUGUGGCUAUCAGCCCUGAGAGCAGGGCGGGCAGGCGGGCUAGCACAAUGUUGGGGGCCUGCGGUACUGACAGAACUCAAGUCUGACAAUCAGAGGCUGAAGGAUGAGAACGGGGCUUUGAUCCGAGUCAUAAGUAAGCUGUCAAAGUGAGGGGGGGUGAGCUUGCCUGACUCCACCCCCUACACCCCUCACCCCCCACACCCCAAGAGAGGUGAUCUGCUGAUCCCAGAAUUUUAUUGUAUUUUUUUUGGGGGGGGGGGGGGGGGACUCUCAAUUGAACAAGAAAACAAUAAGAAACAUGAAGAGUUCAGUAUUUCUCCCCCCUGCUUGUCUGCAUGCCUGAUCACACCUUAUUAUAUUGAGCACCCACACCACGGGGUCAGUACAUGGCAAUAGCACACAGGCUGGCGGAGAGCUUGUCUUUAUCUAAAGAUUAUUAAUUGGACAGUCAUAGAAGAGAAUGGAAACCUGAUUAUGUCAGUGUGUCUGUCUAACUAUGUACAUGAACACUGGCACAGAAAGUACCUUUAUGGAAAUGGGAUAUACUGCAAGGUAUUUUAAAUAAUUUUGGAAAACAUUUUUUUAAAUUUUAAGAAAAAUUAAUAUCACAGCCAUGGAUAAUUUUUACCUGAAUGUGGCAGUACUUUGUAUUUGACCCAUAAAUACUGAUAUAUUUGCUUUUCUGGUCUGGAUAAUAUAUUUUGUUUCAAUAUAUGCUGUUUUAAAUUCCAUUUCCAUAAAAGUACACAAUGACACAAUAGCAAAGUGUUCCUUCCCCCACCCAUGCACCCCUUCUAUAAUGAGCACUUUCAGUAUGUCAUGUGAGGCAUAACAGGGAAGCAGUGCGAAGACAGUUUCUAACCUCCACGUUUAGUGAAUGUUUUAUUUAUUAUCCUUUAUUUGGUUUUAGACAUUGUGUGCCUUAUAUAAAGUUUAUUUUUCCUUUGAUAUUUAUCUUUCAUGACCAUGUAUAAAGCAUUCACCAGUACACUCCAAAUAGUGCCUCGUUUAGUAGGACGCACUGCUUUGAAACGAUAUGAAAUGAUAUUUUCACCUUUUGCAUGGCUGACAUACAUAUAUUAUAUUGUACAUCACCAUAAAUGCACUGCCGCUGAAUCAUGUGUUUCAUGUGGUAUGUAUUAUUCUUUCUUUUUUUUUUUCCAAUUUCCUGUACUCGACCUAUGGUCUAACUGAGUAACAAGGUGCCCUUUAAACCCCUUGUGCCUUCAUCCACGGAUAGAGAGCAAGCUGCCCCUGCAGUGUGAACACUGCUACAGGAAUACUCCUCUGCAUGUUACAUGAAGCAGCCUAUGUUUUUACUGUUCUCAGAUACUAAAAUCUUUCACAGAUAUGUUUGCCAUCACAACUUUUGAGUGCAUUUCACAGUGAAGUACAGGAGUGCUACUUUGUUUGUUAAAGUGGAGCUGUUAUAAUUGAACGCCUAAUAAAAUCCAGAGGUUUUAUGUCAUUUCAAA